AUGGUCUUUUGGUCAAACUUCAUGCAGCUGGAGGGCCACGAAGGGUGCGGCGAAGUCGUGGUCGUCGGGUCCGAAGUCACGGAAUACCAAGUCGGCGACAUGGUCUCGGUGCUAGCCGUGGCAGGCUGUGGUGAAGCCAGCUGCCCCGAGUGCACCAAGGAUGUGGCGCAAAUCUGUAUUCGUGGCGAGCGCUACGGCAUCGGGCACGAUGGAUCCUUCGCGCCAUAUAUCGCCAUUAAGGCGCGAGCGGCGGUGCGACUGCCAGAGGGAGUGAGUGUGGCCGCUGGCGCGGUAGCCACAGAUGCCGUCAUGACGGCGUAUCAUGCUGUUGUUGGGCGGGCACAAGCGCAGAAGAGCGAUACGGUUCUUCUGUAUGGGCUCGGCGGGCUCGGAUUCAAUGCGUUGCAGAUCCUGCUGAAUAUCGGGGCUAGAGUGAUCGUGGUAGACAAACGGCAAGCGGUUCUGGAUGACGCUGUGAAGUUUGGGGUCAAGCCUGAGGACGUCGUUCCUGCUUCGACCACUGAUGUGGCGAAAUGGGUCCGGGAGAAACACUUGGUGAUUGAUACAGUGAUUGACUUUGUGGGCGCGCCGGAUUCCUUCCAAGCGGCGAUUUCUGCUGUCCGUCUUGCAGGAACCGUUGUUCUUAUUGGCCUGCUCAACCCUAACCUAUCCUUCCACUCGGUGGAGGCCGUCCGCAAACAGCUGAACAUUCUAUGCAGCUAUGGAGGGACUCAUGUCGAUUUACGGGCGUCGCUGGAUCUCGUUGCGAAAGGUAUCAUCAAGCCACAGGUGGAGACAGGUCGCUUAGAGGACUUUCCGAAGGUCCUGGCUGAUCUACAUGCCGGCAAGAUCAAGAGCAGGAUUGCCCUAGUCCCAGAGGGCGUGUCAGAUUCGCAAGCUCGACUUUGA